CGAUGUUAAAAUAUCUGUCCGUACUGACAACCGGGCAUCUUAACAUUAGCCUUUCAUGUUUCUACUGAAGUGGUACAAGAUUUUACGCUAUUUAGUCGAUGUAGAAACAAACGUUUUUUCUGAACCUAAAGGGAUCACUUGGUUCAUUUUGAAGUGCCCUGGGGUAGUGUUUCGUGUUUAAACAUCAACUACAGGAGGACAUUACUUGUACUAACCAUGUUUGAUAACUUUCGACAAGACAAAGCAAGAAAAAGUAGCUAACAUUGACGAUAGAGAACAAGGCGAUGACGAAUUCCAAAAGACCGUCUAAUAAUCAUCAUACUGUGUUCAAAAUAAAUUUUAUUUGACGAUUACAUUAAUUUUACUCUUGUAUUUUCGCAAAUUGCCGACUCGUUUUUUUCUUUCAAUUAUUAAAAUACAAAAUCGUUUAACAAAAUAUUUCGAGAUAAAUUUAUAGUAUAAACAGGUCGGAAAGGAUCUCUCUGUCUAAUACCACGAUUUAUUUAGAAGCGUUCAUUAUUCAGGUUCGUAGAAACUAGUUUUGUGGUAAGAUGAUAAAUAGUACUGUAUAAAUCAGGUGUUGUGAUAUUAUUGAAGAUUUUCUUUUGGAAGGAUUUACAUUUAUCUAAACACUUAUCGAUGGCAAAAACGCAAGGAAGUUCAACUGACAAGAACGUGCUGGACUUAGGAACAGAAUUCCAGAACAAUGGAAUAUUAGAAAAGAAACCAAACUGGGUGAAUCUGGCCCAGCUGGAUGGUCCUUCAGAAGAUUCUUUGACAAACAGAUUUCUCUAUAAGCCAGCUUUACGUUUCCAUGGCGUUACUGGUGGUCUUUGGGGUCAAGGACUUUCAGACGCAAACUCUGUCACGUCAGAAUCUCGUCCACCUAGUUACAGAUUUGUCGAGUCUCUUGCAUCAAGACAACAUGGUGGUGACGGGUGCAGUACCUGUGACGUGGACACGCUCUAUAAUACCGCGAACAUUUCAGCACGAUCACCACUUACGCUACGGCGGCGGAACACCGUCGCGGUGAUAUUGGUAGCGAUUGGUCUACUCGCCGCCGUGGCUGCCGUGACUGGAGUUAUACUUCACUUCCUACACCCAAAAGCAAUGCUGCGAGCAAACGUUCGUUUCACUAUAGCCAACAGGAACUUCACAGACGAUAUGAAAAACAGCUCAAGCUUGGACUUUCAUGACAUCGCUAGACCAUUAUGUCAAGAGAUGGAUGUAUAUUUCUUGACAAGCGAAUUGGCAGAUUUCUAUCUGGGUUGUAAUGUCCAGUCCAUGAGAAAAGAAAAUUCUAAAACUAAAAACGGCACAAAUGUGCAUUACACGUUAGACUUCAUAGAAAACAAAGUAACCAACGACGGGGAAAGAAUAAAGAAAAUAAUCAUGCGGAAAUCAGGACGACAAAAGACAGAGGAUACGCUGUAUCUAGCAAUCAGGGACUUCCUCAUACACCUUAGGAGUCUUAAGGUUGGUGUGGAAGUACUUCCGUUACCAGACGACCACCCAGGCAGAAAGCAUCGUCCUAGAAUACCAUGGGAUGAUGACAUAGACUUCAUAGCUCGUUUACCGAAAUCCCCAGACUUUAGCGAUAUUGCAGACAUGAAAGAGAUUUUACGUCAACUUGUUAAUAAUAUGUACAAUAUGACAGCAAAGAUAGAUAACAUGCAAGACGCUAUCAACUUUAUUAACAAAACGUUUCACGAAACACACAGGCCCUUGUUCAACUUGGAAGAAACGCUGGGAAAUAUGACAGUAUCUUUGGGAAAUUUAAAUGAAAAUCUAAACAGUAUUAACGCAACAAUGAAUGGAUUUAAAGAAUUUCUGAAACAAUUUGGAAAUACAGUUUUCAAUAUUGAUGACGUAAUUAAGAAUAUUGAUAAAACUAUUGGGAACUUAGGAAAUGCUGUAAGUUUUAUAGAGUAUUCUAUGGACGAUCUUAACGGUACAGUUAAAGGUAUUUCUGAUAAUGUUGGGGACAUGAACAAAACACUAACAUAUGUAAAUAGAAGUGUUUCAGAUGUGAACUACACAGCAGCAUAUUCUAACGAGACACUGGAUAGUAUGCAAAAUACACUGGUCAGUUUGGAAAAUGCAAUUGAUGGUCUAGCUCUUAAAAUUGAUAUCAUCAAUAAUGAUGCUGACGUAUUUGACAUUUCAUUGCAAAAUAUAAACGAUACAGUGAAGAAUACACAUAGAAAACUCAACAAGCUGCACGGCAAAUUGCAAAAUUUUAACUCUAGUAUGACCAGGGUAGUGAGCCAGGCACAAAGACUUAAUGAAACAUACCAUAAAAUAAAUAAAACGUUACAAAAUAUGGAUGAACCAUAUAUGUUUAUAAACGGAACUGUUCUUGAAGUUAUUGAAAAACUGUCGACUAUGGAUGCAAGGUUAUUGCAUUUACGCAAGAAUAUGGAUGUUGUUCAAGGUAACAUUACUUUGAUGAAUGGGUCGCUUCUGGAAUCGAUGGACUGGAUGGAUGCAAUGGUUCAAACUCUUACCAGAUUCAACUUGUGGGUGGGCAAUAACGAUGAUACAAUAAAGAUUAAUCUCCGAAAUAAAGAUAUGAUUGACACAGUCGGCAUGCUACUUAAUAUGAAUGGAACACUAUCUGAUAUCGGACAUGAAGUUGAUGAUAUCAAUGUUCGGCUUGAUAAGGUGGACUUGAAAUUGGAAACUCUUGAAAACCAGUUAUCAAACAUAGACAAAACGUUAGAUGAUAUCGAUGCCAAAUUCAAAUUGCUAGACAAAACAUUGCAAACAGUAAACGUUACAGUGAAAGACACUAAGAAUUCUUUAAAAGGUAUUAAUGCAACACUAAACGCCAUGGAAACAACUUUUAAGGACGUUAAUGUCUCUUUUGGUAAUAUAAAUGACACACUGGACACCGUUAAUAAAACUUUAACAAUGAUAAAUAAUACAGCAGAAGAUAUCAAAUCAACUAUUUUCAAUGUAAACAAAACAUUUAUUGGUUUAACAAGUACUGUCAACAAAACAACAGGAUCAGCACAAAAACUGAAAGAAAACAUUUCUGACUUCAAAGGGUCCGUACGGGAAUUGAAUUCGCAAUUAUACAAUGCUAAUGAAUCCAUGAGAAUAACUAAGAGCAAAGCAGACAUUGCAACUGAAUCAUACCGAAUGCUAAACAGAACACUCAAUCAAGUGGGUGAGACAGUAUCGGAACUACGGACAAAGUUAGACGAGACGAACGGAACUCUCUGGAACACAAAGGCAUCAUUAACAUUUGUUAAUAAUUCUUUACUAGCAAUGCAAACUUCCUUCAAACUGUUAGGCACAAAACUGUCUGAAAUACAAGAUUCAUUUACGAAAAUGAAUGCAAGUAUGAACGAUUUUGGAGCUGCUUUUCCUAAUAUACAAACUUCAGUUCAGAAUACACAGGAAGCAAUGCUACAACUGCAAGCUGAAAUAACCCAAGUUGACGAUGAAUUGAAUAGUAACCAACUAAAGAGAGAUUUAUUGGUAAAGAAGCAAGCUCAUUUACAGGAUAUAUUAGAGUCAAUGUCAAGGAGGAUGGACCUCAUACAAAUAUUGAUAGAUAAUGUGAAAAAUCGAUCGCGUGCCAUAGAUACUGAGAUCAUCGUUCUCAAUAAUUCUGUGCAUGACGCAGUAGAUACCUUCAAUAAGACAGAAAAAAAUAUCAGGUUUAUUAACGAAACACAUGAUAAAAUAAAACAGCGUUAUGAUAGUUUGCAAGAACGUGGUAUCGUUACAAAUAUAAGUUUACAAACUGCUCAAAAGAAACUGGAUUCGUUGAGUGAAGACUUUAAAGAUUUUCGUAAUAUCUUGACAAAUUAUUCAAAUAUUGACGUAGAAAUGGACCAAGUAUCGUCAGUACUUAAAAAUAAAGCCCAGGAAUAUGACAAAGUCAAACAAAACUUUCAUAACUGGACAGAAAACUUGAAAAAUGUUGACAAUGUCAUUUGGAAUAAGUAUGAAAAUCCUUCAAACGUCCAUAACGAGUUCGAGAUACUAAUUAAUAAAACAGAAAUGGUAAAUGAAACUGAAAAUGGUUUUGAGUCAGUUGUAAACGAUACAGACAAAGCAAUAGAAGACAUGAUUAAUUUCAGCAAUGAUAUGCUGUCAAAAUUGAAAAAUAUGUACAAACUUCGAAACAAAAUCGAUGUUAUUGAAAAUACAGAGACGAAGUUAAAUCAUCAGGUUGCUGAUACUAAGCAACUUCUAGAAAUCAAAAGUGAUAACUUAACAAAACUUAUGGAUGCUUUACUUUACAAACUGGAUGAAUUACAAAACUUGAAGGAUAAGUUCGGUAACAUUAAUGGAACUUACAACUCUUCUAAUGCGUUCACAAAUCUUGAAGGAGCACUUAAAUCUGCGGUAUCUGAAUUGAACACUGUCAUUGAGUCCUUAAAAAAGUCAAACAAUGAUUUCCAGAAAGCCGUCGAUGAUUACACGGCGGUGAAUAACACAUAUCAAAGGAACGUUUACGACCUGGCGCAAGAUAGUGAGCUUAUCUUAAAUAAUACCUUGUUGGUGAUGGAGGGCACAAAAGUACAAGCGGACAUUGUUAAACUUAACCUGGAUAAGAUCAAAAAUAUAACAGACGAUAUUGAUAAAAAAUUAGAAAAAGCGGACGAUGGGAUUGAAAACUUAGAAAAGAGUCUUCUUUAUCAGAAAACAAAAAAUAAUUUUAUCAUGAAAAAUCGUCCUUUAUUGGAGCUUGCUUUUAACAGAUCAUUUGAAAAGUUAAAUCACACUUACAAUAUGCAAAACACUUUGAUGCAUUAUUUAGAAAAAAUAAGAAAUAAAUCAGAAGUGUUAGACGAACGCAUCAAUGAAAUACCAAACGUUAAUAUAUCCGUUGAUGUGGAGAAGACACUUAUAGAUGAAUUUAUGGCAGAAGUUAAUGAUUUCAAUCGGCAGCUAAAUACGGCGAAGAAUUAUCUGGACACUUUCUAUCAACGUUAUUUGAAAUUUGAAGAGUCAAAAUUUGCAUUUGAUGAUGUAAAAAAGGAAUAUGAUAAAUAUACCCAUGCCAUUGAACAUUUAGGAGCAACAGUUCGGGAUAUUUCUUCAGUUCAGGCAAAUAUAUCUUUAAAAGCAACAAACGUAUCUGCAACAGUUGAUGAUCUUUUACGCCAGGUAUUAGAAUUUCUUGACUUGAAAGGACCAGUCAGUAACGCCAGCCUAUCUGUAACUGAAGUCAAAUCAAAACUGAAUAUCACAUCGGAAAAUUUAGAUGAAGCAGAUUCUCAUCUGCUGUGGCUGAAAGAAGAAUUUGAUCGAAUUAAGCAUAAUUACACCAAUUUUACAGCGACAGAAAUCGAUUUAACAGAUUCAUAUGCGAUAGAAGCAAUGAAAGAGGUAGAUGAGCAUUUAGUCAAUCUAACAUCCGACCUUCAGCAAGCAAACAUCAGUGUAGUCAACCUUCAAGAUAUGUUUGACACUAUUGAGAACAUCUAUACACGAGAAACCUACGACAGGACAAAUAUAGAUCCGGCAAUAACAGAUAUCAUAGUCCCAACCCUGAAAGAGAUUGCAGAGCAGAGUAAGAAGACAAAUAGAGAUUUAGACAAGAUUAAUUCAGAUAUCCGUAGACUAGAGUUGUCUAUCAAAGGUGUCAACGAAACUAUACAUAUAACAAACAAACAACUCUUCAUUGAUCGCCAAAAGCAACUUUUAGCUGAUACUAAAUUUCCAGAAUUGGAUCUUUCUACUAAACAAGCAAACAAUUCACUUUUAGAAAGCCUAGAAGAUUUAGAUGGAACUCAGACUGAGUUGGAAAACGUUAUUAGCGCAUAUGAAGAUUUAAAUGCAAGACUUAAACAUUAUCCUAAUAUAAAUAUAUCUUUAAAUGCUUUUGGCGAAAGAUUGCAAAAUUUUAAUCAAACUAUCUUUACAACUUUAGAGAGACUGAAUGGAAAUAUUGACCUGUUGAAUGAAAUAAAUGAAACAAUUUGGGUAGAAGAUGGAAGACGAUAUUCAAACAACGAAACGGUCAAUGAUAUGAAGAAACGAUACCAAUAUGCCGAUGAGAUGCUGAACAACAUAUUUACUGAUAUGGAAGACAUUAAAUCCGUCAUUGCAUCAGUGAACAAUGGAACAGAUGAGAUUACUAAAAAGUUAUCGUCACUGAACAUAUCUCUAGAUACUCUAGAUGAUACCAAUAACAUGCUUGAUGAUUUAUUGAAGGAAUUCGUACCUGUAGAGACGAAUUUCACAGAAAUUAGAACAAAUAUUUAUGGUCUUGGACGUAAUAUUUCCGAUAUUUCUAAAUUAUUUAGCAAAAUAAAAGACAGAUUUGCAGGUAUAAACGAAAGUGUUUACAAUAAACACGUUAUGCUGUUUCAGAAUGAUGAAUUACAGGUCAACAAUAGUAUUAACAUUUUAAUAAAUGAAACGGAAUUAACUACAGAUGAUCUGACAACAAUUAAUACUAUGCUUGAUUUAGUGAAAAAUCUUAGUAAAGAAUUAUCCUAUUCACACGAAGCCUUGGACAAUAAUAUAAACAAUAAGGAAAAGCUUAUCAGGAAUAUAUCAGGACUGCUAGACGAUGUGAAGAACAGUGUAUAUAGCAUACAGAACAACGCAUCGCAGGUUGAACCACUGAUACAUGAUCUAAAUACAAAUUUGACUCAAAUAGAAAAAGUGUUUUUACGGCAAGAGAAAACAGAUUUUUUUGAUAAUUUUUUCCCAAAAAAUGCAUAUGAUAGUCUGAAUGAUACAAUAACAAAUGUCAUAAAAUUAAAUGUCGAUUUGGGAAAAGAAUUGAAAGAUGUGGUUCAACAGUUGGAUAUACUAAAAUCAAAUCUGAGUGGUCAUGGAAAUAUUAAAUUUAACAUGUCCUCUACAGAAGCCACUUUAUCUUUUACUGAUGCCUUAGUCGUCAAUAACUCAAGGUCACUUAAAGAUAUUUCGGAAGAUUAUAUGAAGAUGGAAAAAGAUCUAUAUGCAAACGACGGGUCAGUUGUAAGUGAUAAUGAAACUAUUGACGAAAUGAAGAAGAGAUAUGAAGCGAUUGGUAGACAAAUGGAUGAUAUGACAUCAGAACUCUCAAAUAUGAAAGACCACAUUAGGAAACGCAAUAUUGUGUUAGCGCAAGAUACUGACAAAAUAGAAGAGUACAAGUCGUUGAUAGGUUUGUACAAAAAUGUCACUGAAGAUUUGUUUGACAUGAAAAAAUCUAAUGAAAAUUGGAACAGAACUGCAAAUGCAAUGAAAAAAUUACAUUUUGAACGAAAUGACUUCUUUGAUGUUUUAAGCGACAGGUACACUACACUUUGUGAUGCUUUUAAUGAGACAACAAAUGAUUCAAUUCAGCAACUCAAAAUAAAAAUAAAUAACAGUAUUAAGGCUUUAUCAGAGAAAUUUAACUCACAGAAUGAAUCUGGUAAGAAUGCUCUUACUAACGUUUCCGUUGCUGAAGAAAUUGCCUAUAGCUACUCCGAUGUGUUAUCAGCUACCCAUAUCAACUCAGAACAACUUAAACGUAUACUGCUUAAGUUUCCAGAAGUGAAUAACUCUGUCAACGAUAUAACUUACUUCUUACACAAAACAAAUGAAUCUCUCAAAGAGGGCGGUGUUGAGAUAGAUAAUGCUAUUGAUGCUUUGAAUAGUGAUGUAGAUAAUCUUCGACAUAUGCUAACUACACAAGAAAAGGAGGAUUACAUCAAAAAUACUAUUCCUGAGCUUGUGCAUCAGUUACAAAAAGCAAAGAUGUAUAUCAAUCGUACGCAUUUAGAGAUAGGAAAUCUUAAUAAAAGAACAAACAUGUUUGAGGAACUGUACGAAGCUACUAAAGAUAUAAUGGCUAAUGAUUCUUCUCUAAACAUUUCCUUAACUUCUAGUAAAAGCGUUAUACAUUCGGCAAAAGAAAGUACAUUAGGGUUUCAAGACAUAUUGAAUAAAGGAUUACUUGUCAUUGAAGACAUAAAUGAGACUAUUUUUAAUGGAAAUAGGACAUAUUUUAGUCCCAAUGGUACUCUUACAGAUAUCAAACACGUAUUUGAAGAAUUGAACCAAACUUUGCAAGCUGUAAGCGACAAUAUGACUGACAUACUACAAAAGAAGAAUGAUUUGCUAGAGGAUAUAAACAAAGAGCACAUCUAUCUUGAAAAUGUUAAGGAAGAGUCAGUGAAACUUCAAAAACUAAACUUAGUACAACAGUUAUCAAAAAGAGAACUGCAAGAUUUGGGAAAACUCUUGGAACAAACCAAGCAAAAUGAGAGGCAUUUAGCUGAUAAUAUCACAUAUAUUGGAAAAAGUCUAGCAGACGUUGUUAAUACUUUCAAGGAUGUGAAGAAACACUCUUUGCAUCAUGAUGCUAAUAUGCUCUUUGAAGAUAUUAAACAACUGAAAAAUGAAUACAGCUCCCUUGAUAAUUUUGUAAAUACUACAAGCAUGAACUUUACGAAAACAUAUCAUGAAUCGAAAGGUAUGGACAAUAUAAUGAAUAAUGUAUCUUAUAAUCUCAGUGAGUUAAAAGCAAAAGUAGAAAAAGCAGAACCAGUGUAUGAUCAAAUAAAUGCAAGUCUGGUAUCAAUGGACAGUAAUAUAAUAAACAUAACGGAUACAUUAAAACGAAACCUUGAGAAAAUUCCUGAAAUGAAUAAAAAUAUCGCGGACCUGCUGGAAAGAUUUAAAAGGCAGGAAAUAUUUGAAUACAUUGAAGAAAACUUUCCGAGCUUGCUUGGGGAAUAUGAUAAUGUCAACAGAAUGUUAAAAGAUGUACAUAAAAGAAUUCCAGACGUAACAGCAAACAUGCAAGACGUAAGAAAUCACAGUGUUGAUUUAGUAAAAGCGAUUGAUGACUUUGAAUCCAUUCAAAUACCUGUUGGUGAUAUAAUAAAUGACAUUGAACGCCAAAAUGACUCUUUGACAAAUGUGGUGAAAGAACAGAAGAAACUCGAAGACAUCUUUAAUGAUUUGGAAAGUGUGAUUUCGAACAGUUUUGACUCCAAUGAAACAUUGCAAGAUAUAAAAAAGAGAUUUGCAGGAUAUGAAACAACCUUAAACAAUAUGAAUCGUAAUAUUUCAGAACUAGGCAAAACUCUAGACAGCAUUGACCUUUAUAUAAAUAAGACAAAUAAUACUGUUGAAAUGUCCAAAGGAAUCUUACAUAGUUUUCUCAGAGUACAAGGCGUUGCAAACGAAACAGAUCUGUCACUCCAAAGUUUACGUACCAGUGUAAAUACAAUUGAAAAUGACCUUACAUUAAUAGAAACAACAUCUGAAUCACAAUCAUCACGACUUGAUGCGUUAGGGGUAAGAUUUGAAAACGUAAAUAGCUCAAUUUUAAUGCAAGAAAGGGAAAGGCUGAGUAAAAAAAUGCGUAAUUUCACGGAUAAAAUUGGAAAUACACGAAAUAAAUUUAGUAAAGAGAACAGCAAUUUACAAACAUUAUCUAAAAAUUUUGAAAAAGUCAAAAGUCACAUGAACCAAACUAUCACAAGCUUUGAACAACUUAAAGCAAUUUCGACUGAUGCUUCAAAUAAACUUAAGGACUUGUCUUUCAGAACACAGGUUAUGCAAUCUGAUAUGGAAAAUAUUAUGCCUAAACUGACAUCACAUAAUGACACGGUGAAUAAAAUCGAAAGGGAUAUUAAAGAGUUAGAAAGAAAAUUUUUAGAAAAAGAAAAGAGUGAUUAUAUAUUGUUCCAUCUGCCACAUUUAUUAACACAGUAUGAAAACGUAAACAAAUCGUUGAUUGAAACGAGAACAGAUUUGUCCGAAAAGAGGACUAAAAACGAUCUGCUAAAUCAAACAAUUGCGGAUCUUAGAAACAGAACUGACACCUUAAACAAUAUCAAAAUAACAACAGAAAUUGAUCAACAACAACAUCAGUCACUACAAAACAACAUUGCUGAAGAAAGUAAACAAUUAAACGAAACGUUUUCCUUAUUUGACAAUUUAGAUACUUCUAUUUUUAAAAGAACAAGUUGGUCAAAAGUACCGAUUGAAAAUAUAAGCAAGAUAUUUGAUGAAUUCACAAACAGUUUAUCUACAAUGAAUAAUACAUUGAUCGUGAUGAAUAAUGAUCUUGAUAUCAUUGAUGCGACGCAAAACAAAAGCUUCGACAAGCUAAAUGAAACAAGUUUUGUAUUAGACAGAUACGUUAACUCUUUAAACGCAUCCACAGUGAAUGAAAAAGGUUUAGAACAGUUAUCCGUCAAAUUAAACCAAACGCACGCUCUUCUCGGCAAUGUCAAGCAACGCUUUUACUAUGAUGGCGACAGGCUAUUUAAUCUGACUAGACAGUAUCAUGAUGUAACAAAUAGUGAAAUUGAGAGCCUGAUAGAAAAGACCCGGACAAUUCUUGAAGAAACUGUCGCAUUGCGUAUUCCUCUGGCAAACAAACUUUUUUCCAACCGUAUUAUGGAUAAUUACAAUGUUGUAAGUGAAAGAUUUGAUGAUGUGUUAUAUAUUCUAAAUGGCAAUUUUACAACAAAAGAUGAAUUAGAAAACAUUUUGGGAGAAACAGACGACACUCUGAUGAAUAUCACACUAGAAACUGAGUAUAUGGUUAGCAGUGAAAAAUUUCACCGUGAAGAUGCUAAUCGUUUAUCCGAACUGCUAAACCAGUCAAAUACACUGCUGAACAAACUUGAAGAAAUGUAUGAAAUUCAGUUAAAAUAUGAUCUGCUCCAAGCAAAUCUGCCAUAUCUCACAAAAUCUUGGAACAGUGUAAAUGAUAGUCUUCGUAAAUUGUCUGUAGACUUAAAUUCCACAUCUAGUAAUAUUGACGAUGCAAAAUUAUAUGUUGGGAAUGUGGAUGAAGUGCUAGGCAAUAUCAAGACAGUAAAUAUUCCUACAAAUAGUUUUUAUAAUGAUAUUGCCAUUGAAACUGCAAAUCUCGAGAAUAUCAGUGAAAAUGCGAACAAGUUGAAAAUAAAACUUGAUGAGAUUCCUAUAUUUGACAUUGAUUUAAACGCAUUAGCAGAGAACAAAACAAUAAGCGUGAGUGACAUCCAAGAAAAAAUAUCACGUUUAAACAACACAUUACGAAAUCUUUCUCAUAACAAGGAAGACUUGCAAAACAGCUUGGGAGAACUGAAAAUUAAUGUCUCGGCUACAAAACAAAAUAUCAUUGAGCUUAACGACACACUAUCCCAAUUUAAAGAUGUAGAAGCAGAAGUAAAGAUUUUGAAUCAAACACUAAACCAAACAUCUAUUAGGUUGAAUGAUACUGAAUCCAAACUCCAGACAAGAGCCGACGAAAUAGAUAACUAUAAAAAAUCCCUUAAAACUCUGAAACAAAAAUAUGAGGGAUACAAAUAUGAUAACAGUGACAUGGAAUUGCUUUUAAACGUUACAGAUGAAAAUAUAGCAACACUUAAGGAUGCACUUUCCGAUUCAGAUGCAGUUUUAUCUGAAUCAAAAGGAGAAUAUAGUGAAAUGAAUGCCAGUUUGUAUAAUGUAACGGAUGACAUUGUAGUGUUAAACAAAUCAUUGAAGCAGGUGAAUUCCGUGAUCCCGACAACAGUUCUGAAAGUCAAUGGCGUAAACCGUGCUUUGGACAAUAUAACCAAUGCUAUUCCAGAUUUAAACAUUGUAAUAGAAGAUCUUAAGGACAUGCUUCAUGAAAUGAAUAUGUCGUUAAAAAAUGAAGAUUUGAAAUCCAAUUUUGCUGACAGAGCAUUGCCUUUAUUAAAAGAAAAAUACGAAAUUAUAAACAGGACAUUUGAAAUGACAAAUAAGACACUUCAAAGGAUGGCCGAUGAAAUAGAUAUGUUGAAUGAAUUUAUAGAAACACUCAAAUUAAGAAUGAAUGAUUUUUCUACGAUUAACAUUUCUCUCUCGGAUAUUGAUGCUAAUAUAACACAUCUUGAGGAUAGACUUGUAAUUAUGCAAGACCAUUACAAUAACGUAAAAGGUAUAGUAAACAAUUUCAGGAAGGAUUUACGUAUAAAUAAUAUUUUUGGAAGAAACAUUUCGUUGUCGGAUGUGGAGGAUCAAUAUAAAACAUUUAAUGACAGCUUAGAUAUGAUAAAUGGAGUUCUAGAAAAAAUUGACAACGAAGCAUAUAAAAUGGAUGAACACUUUGAAGUUCUUAACGACACAAUGUAUGGAAUAGACCAUGCUUUAGACAGAUUUGAGACAAAGCAAAUGAAUACAAUGAUAAUGGAAAAAGAAAUGGAUAAUAUUGGAAAAGAUCUUUCCGGCACUAACGAAAGCAUAAGCGACAUACAGAACGUUAUGAAAGAUUUCAGUAAAAGAUUUGACGAAAUGCAUGUCUUGUAUGAGGAUGUCAUGCAGUCUACGGCUGAAAACAAUACUGUAGUUAAUAAAUUGUUAGAAAAUACGAACCAGUCACUUACAGAUUUGCAUAGUUCGAUGACAAAACUUAAUGAUCUCUAUGAAAAAGUUAACAAAGAUUUCGUGGAUAUGAAUGAGACAUUGUUUGAAAACGUAAAUUCUUAUUCCGGUCUCAACAAUACACUAGAUGAUGUUAAAAACAAAUAUCUUAAAUUAUUUAAAUCUUUGAACAAACUUGAAAAGGGCAUAGAUGAUGCUAAGCGAGAAGCACAUGGUAAAAAUGCAACAUUAUCAGAGAUUUCGAAAUUACUGGACUUCCUAAAUGAUACCCUUUACAGAGAGCAAGAAAAAUUUGACUUUAUUAAAAACAAUAUUGGAAACUUAGGAGACAAAUUUAACGCCAUUAGAUCUCCAUUGCAAACAACAAAUAAAACAUUACUUGAAGUAACGGAAAAUAUUUCUAACGCCAGUUCUUUUGUUAAAGAAGUAGCUGACAAAUUAAAGGAUUUCUCGAAUGUUCAUAUAUCACUAAGAGAUGAUACACAGAAAUUGGCAGAAAUGGAAAGUAAUGUCGCUCGUGUGAAUGGCAUGCUUCAAGACAUCGAUGCGCAAUAUGAAAAUCUGCGUCAUAAUAUAACCAAGCUAGAUGAUCGCACGGGAAAUAUGACGGACAUUGAAGGAAAAUAUGGUACGAUCAACGAAACUCUUGAUAAUUUGCAGAAAAAUCUAACGGACAUGUUAACUGCUCUAGAAGGUAUAAACAAAGAUACUGAAAUCAUUUCAAACAGGACUGAAAAAUUAGAUUCUGCUCUUGAUAAACUAGAUACGCUAAAUAAAUCUGUAGCAUUGCUUAACAAAACUGUAUCCGAUUUUGAAGGAAAUGUAGAAACCACCAGCGCAAUAAUUAAUGAAUCAGAGUCGGAUGUAAAUGACUUAAAGACAACUCUAAAAGAUAUGGAACAACUUUACUCGUCUUUAGGCAAAAAUGUACUGUUAGGAAAUCUCACAGAAUUGAUGGAGAAAUUAAAUGAAACAGCUACCGCCAUGCAAAAGGUUCAGUCCUCACAACAUGAUCUGAUUAAUGAAGCUUCUGGCACAAUCAAAUCAUUGAAAAAAGCGGACAAACUAUUGCAUGAUGACAUAAAUGAGCAGAAUACGUUUGACGAUAUCAUUAGACAAUCUCAGGAUACGCUAAGAGGUCUAGAGAAUGACACGGCAGUAUUAAAGAAUUCACAAAAUGUGAUAGCGACAGAGGCAAAUGAAUUACAAGACACCAUAGACCUUUUGACAAUGGAAAUUUUAAGGUUGAAUGACACUUUAGCAGAAGAAAAGAAGAAAAAAGAAUUCAUAGCAAAAAACUUUCCAGAAAUGGAAAAUCGAUAUAAUAAUUUAAACAAAGUCUUGGACAGUUCUAAACAAAAUAUAAGUAACACAAGCCAGCAAGCUAAUAUGGUAGCUGAAAGUUUAUCAGCUGUUAAAGACAGAUUAAAUAAUAUAACCGCUAUAACUAUUCCAUUAGAUUCAGAGAAUAAUGAAGUGCUUAGAAUUCAAAAGGCGGUUGAUGAUGUUGUGAAAGACUUUGAAAAUGUGUCUAAUGUAUAUUACGGCCUCAAAAUUGAACAAUUAAGUAACGUAAGCGUAGGAUUUAAUAAACUUAAAAAUACUUACGUUGGUUUCGACCGAAAAAUGCAAGACAUCAAGAAUAGCAUCGAGAAAAUGAAUGACGCGAUAAACGAUAUAAACAAAACGGCGUCUGUUAUACGAGAAUCGGUUCAUGAUAUCAACUCCACUGUCGAUGAAUACAUUGAGUCAGGAGAGAUGAUAACUGAUGUUGCUAAAUCUGGAAACAUUUUGUCUACAAAUAUUGAACAUACUAAUGAUUCGAUUAUAAAAAUAGCAGAUGAAGUUCAAGUAUUACAUAAUACUUUAAAUAGUUUGCUUCAUAACUAUAGUCAUAUAAAAGAUCCGGCCAUUAUUAAAGCUGAAGGCAACAUACAGAAUUUGCUAAAAUCAUCGAAUGAAAGCAUUAAGAACCUUGAAAAAGAAAUAAAAGCCCUUGAUGUCAAGAAUGAAAACACACAUUUAGUUAUAAAACAAAUGAAUCACACACAUAUGUCCACAAAGAAGCUACUAACCGAACUGAAACAACAUAUUGCAAAUGUGAAGAACACAUCCAGUAAUAUAAGUGCAAGUUUAAGUGACAUUGGCAAGACUCAUGCAGGUAUUAACAAAUCCGCGGAAAAUUUGGCACCAAAUCUGAAAAAGGUUCUUGAUAAAAUCGUUCAGCUGAAUGACACACUAGUGAAAGAACAAGAAAAAAUAGAUUUUAUUGCAGCGUACAAACCGUUUAUAGAAAACAAAUUUAAGAAUUUACUGGAACCACUAGAAAAAACAAACAGUCAUAUUUCCUUAACAGAUGUGAAAUUAGCUGAUUUAAAAUACGACAUUAAAACUGUCGGUUCAAGGUUAGACAAAUUUAGGACUUUAAAUAUUACAACUGAACCGGAACUGCAACAGUGGAAUACCAUGAAUCAUACAGUAAAGAAUGUUUCCAGGUCUUUUACUAAGCUCAGUGAGAAAUAUCAGAAAUUGCAAAACUUAUUGAAGACGAUGGAUGACAGGAAUGUGAGUAUCGAGGAAAUGAAAAAGAAAUUCAGUGAUAUGAAUGCUUCAUUGGAUGAUGUUGCAGAAAAGCUGCAAAAUAUAAAUAUGAAACUAAGUGAAACUGAAAAAGAAGUUACAGUGACGGAGAAAACAAUGAAUGGUCUACAGACAUCAAUGGAUACUUUCAAAACAUUGCAAACGGAAGCUACUAGAACUAAACAAAAGGUAAAAGAUAUGCUUUCAACAGUGCAAAAUUUAGAAGACAACACCAAUCAUAUAGCUAAGCUGGGUACCACUAUAAAAGACACAAUUGAAAAUAUGGUAACAACGUAUGCUCCAUUAAAUAAUACAAACUGGAAUAAAAUGCAACCAAGACUUAACAAGGAACUGACUUCUCAUUUAAACAACUUGAAUCAAGUCAAUAAAAGUGUUAACAUUCAACAGAAAAAGUUAAAUGCCACUGCGAAAGUCUUUGAUGACAUAACAUUGGAAAUAAGCACCAAGUAUCUAACAAGGAAAGACGUAGAUUCGUCUAUCUCGAACUUGAAGAAGAGACUAAAUUCAACAUCACGACAACUCUCACAACUGGACAAACCGUUAACAGAAAACGGUAGAAAACUAACUGAAUUAACAACAGCAACGAAUAAAACUCAGAACCAAGUGAAUAGGUUGAAUGCAACACUGCAUGAUGAGCUACUUAAACAUAAUUAUGUUCAGCAGCACCUACCAUCUUUAAAAGAAAAAUAUUUAAAGGUUAACACAUCUUACAUUCAAAACAUUCCAAAUGUGGAAAAUAUGCAGGACCAGAUAACACAGCUGGUUUCAAUUAUAGAGAGAAUAAAGGAUAAGAUGCGCCAGUUUGGUGUCAAGGACACAGACAAUUCUUUAAAAAAGUGGGACCAAGCUAUACAGAGUCUCAACUCUACGGUCACAUCCGUUCUGAAAAAAAAUAAGGAAGCGGGGGUUAAGCUCAUUGGCCUUAAAGCCAAACUUUGGGCAAAUGAUACCAUGUAUACAAGUAAGGAAUCGCUCACAGAUGUGAUUGCACGCAUAAAGAGUUACAAUAAAACCUUAGAUGAAAUAAGUGCAGCUUCACAUACAAUCAACAUCAAGCUAGCAGAUCUGGAUUCUGAAGCUUCCGGUGUGAUAGGCCAGUUACUGGAACGUGAUGCCAUUCUCACGACCACGCCCGCUACCACUACACCGUCUGGACCCCCGGAAUGGUUGACAUUCCAAAGUACAAAUACCGGAGUGAUAGGGAAGGAUCCGGGCUUUGCCACGUGUGCUGUAGAAGACUUGACUCAAUGGGAAAUGAUGAAAAUAACUAGAGUAAAUAAAGAUGGUAGGGAAGAUGCUAUUGCUGCAUGGAAGCUUGGAGUCGGUGCACGAAAGGCCGUCAGAGAUCGCAGGAUAAGGGUUAAACGUACCAAAACUGCCACAGGAGGAAAGAUGACGGUCGGUAUUAAAACUCUGCAGUGUGAGGAUGAAGGAACGUACUAUUGUUCUAUAAAUUCCUACAGUAUGUGGCCGCUAGAAACAACGAUCGGUGUUGUCUCGCCGCCUGAGGACGAUCUAAAGCCGGACUUUCCAACAGAAGUAUUUGAAGACAAGGUGGCUAACUUCUCAUGCACCGGUCAUCCAGGUUAUCCAAAUGGUCGAAUCACAUGGAAAAUUAAACGUGAAAAAGAAGUAGAGUUUCGCAAAUUCGAUUUUUACAGUUCUAAGGCCAAGGUAUCAGACGCUAGCUGUGUGCGCGUAGAAACUAACACCGUAGAAUACCAGUUUGAUUUACAAUGGAAUAACACUAAAGUCCGUUGCUAUAUUGAGAAUACGGACUUCUACGCUGAGGGGAUCAUUCGACUUCUACCAUACGACAUAUGUAAUAAAGUACGUUACCUUGGAACAAUAAGCCAUCCCUACACACCACACAAAUACAUCGUCUGCGGCAAGGAGCUAAAUAUCAUGCAAUGUCCUGGAAACACGUGCUAUGAUCAAAAAGCAGAAAAUUGUGUACGAUGCAAAGCUGGUCAUGCAGGUGGAGGGGAUCCCUGUAUCGGUCAGCCCUUGUUCUCUUAUGUCGCCCACGAAACGGACUGCAAGAAAUACUAUAUUUGUAUGGGACCGACAAAGACAACGAAGAAGUGUACCAAAGGCUACUUCGCGCCAAAUAUUCCCGGAAACUGCGUGAUGUCGUAUGCGCAGUCCCUCUGUGGACGUAAAGCUGGCUGAAUAGUAUCGGACAAAAUUAGUUGAUCGAGAAGAAAUCCCAAAGAAAUUAAUUUUAAAAUCUAUUUAUUUAAGUGAUGUACAUUUUUAAUCUAGGCUAUAUCUAUGGAGAAUUUUUGAUCGUUUCAGUAUAAUAUCGAAAAAUCUUUCACACAGUGAGCAUCAGCUGCUGUCAUGAUUUCUAUUCUUUCAACAGUUCAAUGGAAAAAAGUAAUGUACAAACUCUAUAUAGAGUUUGCAAACUUUUCUAAGAUUCUUUUAUGAGAUAAAAAGCAAUGUACAUCAACCACAUAGUGUAUUCAAGUGAAUAAUAUACAUCGAUCACAAAAUAAUUGAGCCGUGCCAUGGGAAAACCAACAUAGUGGGUAUGCGACCAGCAUGGAUCCAGACCAGCCUGCGCAUCCGCGCAGUCUGGUCAGGAUCCAUGCUGUUCGCUAACAGUUUCUCCAAUUCCAAUAGGCUUUAAAAGCGAACAGCAUGGAGCCUGACCAGACUGCGCGGAUGCGCAGGCUGGUCUGGAUCCAUGCUGGUCGCAUACCCACUAUGUUGGUUUUCUCAUGGCACGGCUCAUAUAUUCUUGUGAGUAAUGUACAUCGAAUACAAAAACUGUUCUUGUGAGUAAUAUAUAUCAGUCACAAAAUGUAUACUUGUGAAUAAUGUACAUCGUUCUUGUGAGUAAUGUACACCGAUCACAAAGUGUAUUCUAGUUAUUAGAAUUUGUUACUUUUGCAUGUUCUCAUACAACGUCAUGACUAUUUCGUAUAAACGCUGAAUUAUGGUCGAUUACACACCCUGUCAGCUCGUGUUAUAUUAUCUCAUUGCGACAAACUAUACGUUGCCAUACAAUGACGCUUGGGAAAGUUUAUACUAGAAUGUGAUCAAUGCAUGACAUACUCACUAUGUGUUUCUUGCAUUUAGUAUUGUGAAUACUUCACACUUACAUUGUGAAAGGUACUUCAAACCUUUACGCACGUGACUGUGUGGACCAGAAAGGUCGUUUUGGCAAUAUAUGCCUUAGUGUACAACUGUCAUUGACAUUUACCCAUGAAAAUUCGUGCAAGCAUUGACUUGUGCUAUCCUGAAAAUCGACACUGUAGAUAACGAUGUAACAAAGUUCAUAUACAGCUGUGCAGACUUCCAUACCUGCAUACAAGUCUGCGGUUUCAUCAAGCUACGUGCUUCAUCCAGAUGCAAAUACCUGUGUCUUGUAUAGUGUGGCUGGAAUUCCGACUUCACUGUUCGAUGCAGAAUACGAGAAUCUGUAUAUCGAGAAUGUGUAUAUAUGUUUAUUUAUUUUGUCUUUGUACAUAAAUUGAUCACUACAUUACUGUCUUUAGCAUUCCGUAUGCUGUUAAAGUACAUUUAUAUACAAUGCUUAAUUGACAGCCAGUAACUUUCUGUUUAUUGAUAAGUACAUGUACGUUUUAAAACUUACUUUCACUCUGAUAUGUACCCGUGCAGUCAAAUGUUUAUAUUUUAAUGUCAAGUAAAAGUAAAACUACAAAAGCAAGACGUGGUCAGAAAAACUUAAUUCCAUCACUUGCUAAACUUUGCGAACAUACUGUCAAUAAGUUAUGGUCUUGUGAAUGUGUUUUAAUGACAUGCCGAAUAAUGAGACAUCAAAAGUGGAUGUCAUAUCCAUUAAAGUCAACGUGUCUGUGUGACAUGAGGUCAGUGAUGAGACUAUCUACAGGCUUAACCCACUAAAGCCCGAAUACCAGUAUGUCAUGUCGAAUGUUGAUACCAGCUGAAUGCCAUACCUGUUCACGUGAACUUACAGAAAUGCAAUGCCGAAUGAUGAUACUUUACCUACAUAUAUAUAUGUAUUAUAAGUAGUCAAAACUACAAAAACUUUUUUAACUUUACCUACAUGAAAUAACAACUGAGAUAUUGAUAACUAUAUAUUAUACCAAAAGUUAACGUAAAUGUUUUCUUGUGACAUAUUUCUGUACAUUUUAGACUGGUUGCUAAUAUGUUUUAUGUAUAUAUAACAUUAGUUUAGUCAGCGUUAUUUUGAUUUUCACUUUUUUCACAAUCAUGUUUUGUUUUAUUUUGAAGUCAUAUUUUGUGCCAUAAUUUAAAUACAUUGAUUUAAGGUA